AUGAAUAAUGUUUAUUAAUUUGACAGAUCAUUAUAAACAAUAGACAUAGAAGGAGCUUAACCUAGAAAGAAAUCAAUAUAAUUAAAUAAAAUUGAUAGUUUAGAUAUUAAAUAAAGUAGAUAAUUAAAAUUAUAGUAACAGUCUAUAAUUGAUUUAUUAAUAUUUUUAGAUAAAGUAUUGUUUAACAAGAUUAAUAAUAUGGAAGACGAAGAUAUUAACAUGACUUUCAUCAUUUUUGUGAUAGUUUUGUUCCAUAAGGUGAAUAUUAUUUUGAUGGAUCUUAAAAGAAACAUUAUAAUAUAUAAGAAGGAGAAAUAAAGUAGUUGAGA